UCAGGCCUCCCGAUUCAUCCAGAUGCCGUCCGAUCUCUGGGUGUAACGCAGCCCCUGACAGCCUCUCAUGUGCUAGGGACCCACCAACCAAAAGCUUUUGCGGCAUCGAAAUGGCUGCUGGCUGACGCGACGUCUCUCUCCCUGGUGUGACUCGACUCUCGCCAUCGUGUCUCGGCUUCAAAAACGAGCUCUUUAUCAAACAAUCAUCAGUGUGUGUAUGUAGGGCGCUAACAGCUCUCUUCAUGUCCUCUCGCCCGCCCUGCAGCGGAGGACCUAUUCGUCCCAGUUGCAGUUGCGCCGGUGGUGCCGGGAGCGCGUGAAUGGCAACAGCAUUCGGUUCCAACUUCACUGCAUUUGCCCCAGUGGCUGGCGGCCUGAGUCGCUGUCCCUGGCUGUUGUGUCUCAGUCGUGUCCUGCAGUCCUUCCACUUGUGGCCAUACUUCUUGCAAUAAUCGCAUACGCCAUCAAAGAACUGCCCUGGCUGGCUGCUCCUCAAGUAUCCGUUGUUAUUCUUCCACGUCGCAUCGCGAUUCCAUCGUCCAUUGCUGCUGUUGGGCCACGUGUUGGGCCCUUUGUGCUCUCUUGUCUCUCUGAACUGUGGUUGAGGGCGGCUAUCCUUAAUCUCCUUAAUGUUUUUCAUCACUUCUGUCGUCAUGGCAUUAACAGAGGCGAGCACCGAUUCCAAGCCCUUGUGCUGUUCAAUCGUGCCUUCGUGUUUGCCAGUCCCUUUCUCAGGCUGCUGCUCAAUUGCAUUCACCGCGAGACGUGCGAGUUUCUGUGGACGUGUCGCUUCGGCAUCACUUUCAUCGUCUUCUUCCUUCGGUCGCUUGCGUGUCCGGAUGAGCCAGACCUCUGCGUUCAAUCCGAGUUCCUUGAUGGUACCGAACGUGCGUGGGUCGGUGUCUUUGCGAUAGAUUUCGGCCCUCAGGUCAGACUGCAAGCCGUCGAUGAAGAUCUCGACCGCCUCUGGCUCUGAUUUUUGUGACUUCUGGUACAGCUCGUUAAACUCAUCGAACGCAGUUUCGAACGUCUGUUUGGGCUUCUGUCGCCAUGCCUUCAUCUGCUCAGCUGUCACGAGAGUCUGUGACUUUUUCUGUCCAAAUUCUGUCUUCAGGAAGGUAAGAAGAUGCUCAAGUCGUGCGGCCUGACUUAAGGCCUGCCACACCUCUCCAUGUUUAUGCAUCCAGCGUGUGACUCUGGUACGUGCAGUUUCCUGUAAUGCGCUCAUGAUGAAUGGCAGUAUCCUGCCUCCUUUCAGGUUGAACAUGCUCUCUGCCAGCCUGAUGUCAUCGAUGAAGGCUUCAGCUGUGAGAUCCGAGGUGCCGUUGAAUGUCCGAAGGCUCACAGACGGCUUCUGCAGGUCCGACAUCACCAGCUGCGCCGUGGGCUCACUCACGUGUUGGUCGCUUUGUCUGCCAUUUGCGCUGCAAACAAGAGUUCUCAUACUCGACGGCUGGCUGCGCAGCUCUAUCACACUCUCUGUAUCAGUCUCCUUACGCCUUGUCUCCUCUCCUGCAGACUUCCUCCCUUCACGCAGCUUCUGGAGGCGUUGAAGCCUCUUCUGUGCAUUUUCCUUGGCAGUGUCCUUCCUCUUCUUCACAUUGUUUCCUCCUUUUUGCUUCCCUUUAUCAGCGCGUGCAAUGGGCUGUGCCUGUGCCUUGGUUUGUCGUCCACUCCUCGUCUCUACCAUGGUCUCAGCAAUCGAGCCUCCCGGACGGUGUACC